AGACUGGAACACAGAGAGAGGGAGGAAGGAGCGCAAGAGAGGAGCAGUUGGCUGGCCUCCAGAUUCAGCCUCGCUCCGCUCUUUGCCUAUUUAUAAUAUGAAUAUAUGGUUUUAUUUGUAUUUAUGAUGUUCAUUUUAGUGUAAGUGGAUUGAGCACGCAGGACUGCGGGGGUUAAAGAGAAAUUGUAACAGGAAGAUUUUUUUCUGAGCGACAGAAGUGUCGCACGGAUUUUUCGCCCUAUUUGUUCUCCAUUUAAAGGCUACUAAGGGUUUGUAUUACCCGUUAUUUAAUACUCUGUUUCUACGUGAAGAGGACAGCGGAAAUGGGUUGUUUGGGCAACAGCAAGACUGAAGAUCAACGUAUCGACGAAAAGGCACAAAGGGAAGCGAAUAAAAAGAUAGAGAAACAAUUGCAAAAAGAGAGACAAGCCUAUAAAGCUACACAUCGACUGCUUUUAUUGGGGGCCGGAGAGUCCGGGAAAAGCACGGUUGUCAAACAGAUGAGGAUUCUGCACGUCAACGGAUUUAAUUCAGAAGAGAAGAAGCAAAAAAUUUUGGACAUUCGGAAGAACGUGAAGGAUGCAAUUGUGACCAUAGUUUCAGCCAUGAGCACAUUAAUACCACCAGUCCCUCUGGGUAACCCUGCCAACCAGUUCAGAAUCGACUAUAUCAAGAGCAUAGCUCCCCUCUCGGACUUUGACUAUACAGAGGAGUUCUUUCAACAUGCCAAGCAGUUGUGGGAGGACGAGGGGGUGAAAGCUUGCUUCGAACGCUCCAAUGAAUACCAGCUCAUUGAUUGUGCACAGUACUUUCUGGAGAGAAUUGACUCUGUGGGACACAACGACUACACACCUACAGAUCAGGACCUUCUGCGGUGUCGAGUCCUAACCUCAGGGAUCUUUGAGACCAGAUUCCAGGUGGACAAAGUCAACUUCCACAUGUUUGAUGUCGGCGGUCAGAGGGACGAGAGAAGGAAAUGGAUCCAAUGCUUUAAUGAUGUGACAGCCAUUAUCUUUGUGGCUGCGAGCAGCAGUUAUAACAUGGUGAUCAGGGAAGACAACAGCACCAACCGCCUUCGAGAGUCUCUGGACCUUUUUAAGAGCAUCUGGAACAACAGAUUUCUACGGACCAUCUCAAUAAUCCUGUUCCUCAACAAGCAGGACAUGCUGGCCGACAAGAUUCUGGCUGGCAAAUCUAAACUAGAGGACUAUUUUCCUGAGUACACCAGCUACACUCUACCAGCAGAUGCGGUUCCUGAUGCAGGAGAGGACCCCAAAGUGACCCGAGCCAAGUUCUUUAUCAGAGAUGAGUUCCUGAGGAUUAGCACAGCCAGUGGUGAUGGGAAGCAUUACUGCUACCCCCACUUCACCUGCGCUGUGGACACAGAAAACAUCCGCCGGGUCUUCAAUGAUUGUCGGGACAUUAUCCAGAGAAUGCACCUCCGCCAAUAUGAACUUUUGUGAUCGGUGCAGCCUGAUUGGAGCCCAGCCAGUCCAUGCACUCCAACCCGUACUCACAGCCCCUAGAAGAAGCAGACUAAGAGAGACCAUGCUGACAUUGUUGAUGUUGAUUUAUUUAUGGCUGUGAUGUUUCCCCAGUGCCUCUCUGUUCUUCUACUUCAUCUGCUCUCUCCUUCCUCUGCCUUCUCCUCCUGCUUGCUGCUGUUCCUCUGGUGGCUCAGCACCAGCACGCUCAGUUGGUGUGUGCGAGUUGUGAUUGUGUGUGUGUGAGUUGUGAUUGUGAGUGUGUGCUGUGAUUGAGUGUGUGAGGCAUGAUUGUGGGUGUGUGUGCUGUGAGUGUGUGUUUGACGAGUGUGUGUGUUCUGUGUGUGCGUGUGACAGUUCUCUGGAUCAGCAUGUGAUGGUUCAAGGGGACUCCAGCACUACAAUGCUUGAAUGUCUCUCACUCCUCUCAACUAUCCUGUUUCUUCUCCAAUUUCCCUCUCCUUUCAUCCUUUGUGUGUCUGUGUGUGAGAGAGAGUGUGUGUGUGUGUGUGUGUGUGUGUGAGACAGAGAGAGGUUAGGCAAGCUGUAAUACACUUGAUGUAGCUCCUUUAUUUUUUUGGUUUGGUUGGGUGAUGGUUAACUGGUGGUGACUAGUUGGGGUAGUGGGUUGUACAGUUAGGGCUAUUGACUGGUAGGACUAAAUAGAAAAGAUAACUUAGGUAGGACAACAUAUACAUUCAUAAUUUGGAAAGGUCAAGAUAGUGACAGGUUUGUUUGAAAUAGUUAGUAACGUCUUGGUUAAGUUAGUAACAAAUUGGUUGUGUUGUUCAGGCUGCCUGGGUGUUGAUGUUAGAAACUGUUGAGGGAGUGGGCGUUGGAUGAUGGAUGGACCCAGAGGAUGAUGGGAGGGUGUCAUAAGCAGCUAUGGUUUUUCAGCAUGCUGGGAAAUUAAGUCCUAGCCAUAGAACCUCUCUGCCAGUUUAUAUUGUGAUAAGAUCUGAUGCUCUGGGCUGUAGAUUUAUAUACAAAUACACACACACACACACAUAUAUAUACACACACAGUAUAUAUGUAUAAAUAAUAUAUUUUUGUUUUUGUUUAUCUUGCAAACUGGUCAAGGUUGAUUACCCUGUACAAACUACAAAUUGUAAUGUAAUUUUUUGUAUUUUUCUUUCUAUUUAGCUUUCCUUUUUCUUUUCUUUUUUUGGGAGAAAAUAGUUGUAGAUUAUCUUUGUGCCUUGAUAAUGGCUGUACCUGUACAUUGGGCUGGAGUGUAUGUAUGUGACUGACUGACUUGCUUAGUUGCUAAAUGACAAACUGUCAGACAUGUCUGCUGAAUGAAGCAGAGCAGGCUUAAAGGCGUGGCUCUCUGGAGGUGUGUCUCUUUAUAGAGGGAUGUGGCUCUCUUUAGGAGCAUGGCUCUCAGGUUCUCAACAUCAUGGAUCUGUAUAAUAUGCAAACAAACAGCUAUGUUUAGAGAGCUACUAGCCUCCUGUAUCUGUCUGAAGGCUAGUUAAUCCAGCGUUCUCUGAGGGCAGGGUUAACUAUGUCUAGUAAACCCACCAUUUUGGAUUAAUCAAAAAUGUUAUUCCUGACACUCAGCUUUAAACCUUAACGUGUCCAGUUGUCAGCCAGCGAUGUUUUACAAGCGUAGGAGUAUCUUUUUAGACUUAAGGUGUUUUUUAGAUGUAUACACGUGUGUAUGUGUGCUUCAAAGCAUGCAUGUAAUGUUAACAUAUACACACGUACUCACACAUUGUAUAUGUACAUUGUACAUAUGCAUUUUAUAUUAAUAUACAUGUACAUAUUCAUUUAUAAAAAUCGACAUAUAUUCUAUAAAUCUAUAUGUACAAUUAUACAUAGUGAUGUGUGUGCCUAUGCGUAUACAUAUUAAUGAAUGUUUAAGUGUGUGUGUGUUUGCAGACACAUGCAGGCAUAUUAGAGUGUUUGUUUCAGUGUGUGAGAGUGUGUGCGUGUGUGUGUGUUUGCAGACACUGACAUGGCUCCACAGAGGGAGCAGGACCCCUGUGCACUACUGCAUUGUGGGAUUGUGAGCACUGUUAGGUAGCCGGUUCUCGACUGCAGCUUUUCAUGUGACAAACAGGAGAGAUCAACUUUUUUGUCAGGCCUUUAAGGAAUACAAAAAACUAUUUUUAUUUUAAUAAAGAGGCACACCAGAAAAAAA